AUGAGCCCCUCCAACAUGAGCGCCGGCACCCCCGCCAGUCCCUCGAGUACCGGCGAGAAGCUCCUUACCUCGUCCCCCGACACGUCCGGAGUCUCGAGCUCGGGUGCCGAGAACGUCUCGCAGCGUCUGAACGAGAAGGCGCAGUACGUCGCCGAGAUCUCUGCUGCCGAGCAGGGAGGUCAGCCCCCCGACAACAACGGGUUCAAGGACGAGAAGAGGGGUUAG